GGCCGCCUGCAUCUUAUUCUCCUUCUUGCACAUCGACUUGGGCUUGCCAGCUGUUUGACUUCAUCUUUAUCGGCCAUUAUCCACUGUCUGAGCUCUCUGCAGCGCAUCUUCGCGCUAAGUCAUACUGCCGCGCUAAGGAGACUCCUUUGUGUUUGUCGACUCGUUCCGACGGAUGUCCACACGAACCACCUGAGGCUGCCGAGAAGCCACGCUGACACCAAAUCGCGCUCCGUACUGAGCGAUGGCGACAACGCUUCGUCAUAACAGUUUCCUGAACUCUCGUGUAUAAAUCCCGGGACGGAUCCGUCACGGGUUGCCGAUGAUUACAUCGCUCAGGUCUACUAUCGCGAGUGGACGAACGACUCUUCGUACACAACAGGUCCUUCGCCAUUUGUCGACCACACCAAUAGCGCGGACCAUGUCUUUCCCGAAAUCUGUCCAGGCGAUUGCGAUCAACAAAAACGGAGAGGUGGACGUGAUCAACAAGGAGGCCGUACCCUUCCCCGAGCACGCUCCAGGAAACGUUAUCGUCAAGGUCAACUAUGGUGGUGUCAACUUCAUCGACACCUACUUCAGGAAGGGUCUGUACCCGGCAAAGUCCUUCCCUCUCACCCUGGGCAUGGAGGCAUCGGGCACCAUCGCGGCUCUGCCCACGGAUGAGGAAGUGCUCAACGACGAGCAGUACAAGAAACGUGGGUUCAAGGUCGGCGACAAGGUAGCUGUGAUGGCCCCUGGUAUACACGCCGAGUAUGCAUCUGUCCCAUGGGUGAAGGUCUUCGCAGUACCCAACAACGUCUCCCUCCUGACUGCAAGCGCUGGCUUGCUGCAAGGUCUGACUGCGUUGACGUUCAUCAGCGAAGCGUACGAUGUCCAGAAGGGCGACUACGUCUUCGUGCACACCGUCGCCGGCGGGCUCGGUCUGCUCUUCGCCCAGUUGGCGAAGCACCGCGGUGCCAUUGUGAUUGGCACGACGUCCACGCAGGAGAAAGCCGACAUCGCAAAGCAGCACGGCGCAGACCACGUCAUCCUCUACCCGGUGGAGAACACGGUCGACCGCGUGCUUGAGAUCACCAAGGGCGAGGGCGUACAUGUCAUUUACGACGGGGUUGGGAAGGAUACCUUUGAGGACAACUUCAAGUUCAUUCAAAGGAAGGGCACGAUUGUCUGCGUCGGAAACGCAUCCGGAGCUGUGCCACCAUUCCCUCCCUUGAAGCUGGUCGAGAAGAAUCUGAAGCUUCUCCGACCCUCUGCCAUCAAUUACCUUGUCACGCCCGAAGAGACGCUGUACUACGGCACGGAGCUCUUCAAGCUGAUCGCGAGCGGGGUGGUGAAGGUCAACGUCUACAAGGAGUACCCAUUCACGACAGAAGGUGCACGGGAGGCACAGACGGAUCUGGCGGAGCGGGGAGGCAAGACCUUCGGAAAGCUGGUCAUCAAGAUUGCAGACGAGUAGGCGGGGAAGAUCGAUGCGAGUGUGUAUAUGGAAGAUUAUCUAAAUGUAUAACUACGGUUGAAGACAAGGCGAAGCGCGGAAUAGUACGUGCGUUGGUGUGUUGCGGUUC